UUAGGCUGCCAGAUUGCGUCACUUGAACUAGCGCAGUGUAAAUCAAGCCUUGAAGACCAGAAACCCACGAGAGUUCGUGACCUUUGCUCGCCUGUGGCCUCGUGUGACGAAACUCUGCUGCCACCGAGUGGCGACAAUCAUUUUAACAGGCCCGCGUGUCGCACACCAAACAGUAACAUUUAACGACGAAUAUAAGAAAUAAAAAUAACCCACAAGAAACAAUAGAAAAGUUUGGUAUUGUUGCCAGUUGGAAUGAAAGAAAGGCUUUCCGCAACAAUAUUGCAAGGAUGCGUCCCCCAGCUCUUGACGUCUCGUGAAGGUUUUGUGCGCAGAGGAACUAGUGAACGCGACGUUUCAGAAUAAAAGCAUUUGCCUUUCCAUUGUCAGGUAAAUCCAGGCUUUUCUUUUUUUUUUGCUCCCGAAACCGGAUAUAAAUUCUCAUCCAUCUUGCCAUUCUGGUCGCUGUAUGCAUUGUUGUUGUUGUUUUGUUUUUUUUGGAAUCCACGCGUCACGCGCACUCGUGCGGGUGAUCAAAUGUCGCAACGACUGCAGACACGCGACACGACAUAAUGUGACAGUUGUCCGGUUUGUCACGUGUGUUCCGUGAAGUGACACCGAGCCACGCAGGGAUGCGGAGGUUGAGGAGGUUUGGGAAUUUACGAUCGAGGCUGCCGGAGUGCCUCUGCGCCACCCGUUAAAGCGCUUUUCGGACCUGACAGCAUCCUUGCAUCCCCGACUCCAUGCCGUGCUUCCAGAAUGGGGACUAGUUUCUCCAACCUGACGGCUUUCCAGUCCCUGCACAUCGUCAUGCUGGGCUUGGACUCUGCGGGCAAAACCACCGUGCUCUACCGGCUCCGGUUCAACGAGUUCGUCAACACGGUGCCCACUAUCGGCUUCAACACGGAGAGGAUCCGGCUGGGUGGCGCGGGCACAUCCAGGGGCAUAAGCUGCCACUUCUGGGACGUCGGCGGCCAAGAGAAGCUGCGACCCCUGUGGAAACCCUACAGCCGCUGCACGGACGGCAUCGUGUACGUGGUGGACUCGGUGGACGCCGAGAGGCUGGAGGAGGCCCGGGCCGAGCUGCAUAAGAUCACGCGCUUCUCCGAGAACCACGGAACCCCGCUGCUGGUCAUCGCCAACAAGCAGGACCUGCCGCGGGCCCUGGACGUGGCCGACAUCGAGCGGCAGCUGGCCCUGUCCGAACUGAGCCCGUCCACGCCGUACCACGUCCAGCCCGCCUGCGCCAUCAUCGGCGAGGGGCUGCACGAGGGCAUGGACAAGCUGCACGAGAUGAUCGUCAAGAGGAGGAAAUCGCUCAAGCAGAAGAAGAAGAGGCAAUGAGAGAAGCAAUAACCUUCAUAGGACCGUCUGGAGGCCGUUUAGAAUUCGGAGGGAUGCCAAAACAAGGCGUGCGAUUAUUCACUGCAUGCGUGGAUGUUCGGUGCUUCACACAUUUAGUAGACCGCCCGUCAAUUGCUCGGAUGCCGAAUGUGUCAAGUUCAGGAAUGUUCUCAGCCCUUUCAAAUGUGGCCCACUGGGCUUCGCUGAGAAGUCAUCAAUCGGUUAAGCAUAACAUUAACCCCUUCGACCAUGUGUCAUCAUUCGAUAUCUUAAACAAAGAAAAAGUGCGUGACUACUUUUUUUUGUAAAGCAGGACAUUCGACAGGGAGACGCUGAAAGUCACUUCUUUGUAUUUUAGCACUCAAAAUAAGCAUGUGACACAUUGCAAGUCUUUUACAUUUUGAGUUAUUACAACCAUUCUAAUUCGAAUGCCAGUCCCUAACGCAAAUCAUUCUUCCAAGGGGUUAGUUAUUCAGUGAACAUUUAUUAGACCAACUGUCAUGAAAUCGACAAGACGCCAUCCAGCAUCAUUGAGCGCGUUCAUCCAGACUCCUAAUUUUUCAGUGAUUUCUCAAUGUUUUAACAUUUUCAAGAGGGAGGAGGAAUUUCUGACUGAAUUCAUCUUUCAUACCCAAAGUCAGAAAUCAAUUCAGACACGCAAUUGGCCACUCUUUCAUUCAGCUGGCAUGGGACAUCUUAAAGGUCAGAGUGCAAAGGUUUAAAAAAGCCAUCUUCAUACCUCGAGAACCCCUUUACAAACCAUGACUGCCAUUCUGAGGUGAUUAAUCCAUGAUUCAAUCAAAAUUAUAACUCUGAAUGUGUCAUCUGCAUUUGGAAUCUCGUGUCUCCCCCAGUCAGCGUUAGCACACACACGCGCGCACACAUCGUUGUUCGGUUUAUUGCCGCACACUUUGCUAUUUCGCAAAGUUUUAUAGUAUUCAAGCUGGUUGUCAUCAUGGUGUGGGCAGUGUUGGUGUUCUUUAGGCUUUCCAAGCCAUAAAAUAACACACGAGUAGACAAGUAACCUUCGAAUUAGUGUGUUUUCAGAAACAUUUAGCAGAAAGUAUUGGAUACACGGGCAUAGUUCGAGCCAGGCUGGAGCAAUAUAUACAUAUAUAUAUAUAUAUAUCGUCACAGACAGCAGAUGAUUGGCGCAAACAUGUAAGGUUUGACCACUACUCUACUUUCAGCUGGCUCCUGUGUAUCUAAAUAUUCAUCCUGCUCAUAUUCCAAAUUGUAGUUCCCCAUUCAGUGUAAGUGCAGGACGCUAAUGCUCGAUAAACAUUACAUCACUUCCGUUAGGCCGUGCUGUGGAUAGAGUAACUACAUCCAGGAUGUCUCAAAAUGGGGAAUGUUCAGGAUUGCUCAAUAAAAACAAUUUUUUAGCCAAUUUGUGGUUGACAACUUGGUGUAAAUGACGUGUAUGUAUUACAAAACACGUUAACAAUGCAAAUAUGACUUUUAAUCGACUGCCAUGAAGUCCUUGCACUCUGAUCUUUGAGAGAUGAUGUAAUGUGUUUCACAAUUUUUUUAUUUUCUGUUAAAAAGUAAAAUUCAAAGAUUUAUUGCAUGACGAUAAUAGUUAUAUUUUCAUAAUCAAAAUGUCCAUCCAACCAUUUUUAAUUCCGCUUAUCCUGUUCAGGAUCGUGGGGAGGGGAAGCUCAUCCCAUUUGAGUCAAACUACAUUAUACUAUAGACAGAGCACAGGAAAUUAUAAAGAUCCCUAGAUGGGAAAUUCAGGUCUCUGAACUGUUUAAAAAAAUAACAAUAACAAAAAAAUAAAUAGAAUAAAAAGACAGUAAGAAACAAUAGCAUAUAAAAACAGGUAUUGAAUCUAUGAAUGUGAUUUCUUACUAUGAUUUGUAUUAUAGCAACAAUACAAAUAAUAGUAAUCUUCUCCAUAUUUAGGGUGGCUAUGGUAUUAACCUUAGAUUGGGUGAUGGUCUAUUACAUUUUUUUAAGCACUGUAAAUCAAUUGAACAUUUUUUUUCAGGGAACACAUUUCAAAAUCCCCUAUUAAAAUGACAUGCAUACGCAUGAGCAAUUGUAGGAGAAUUAAACAUACAGGAUGAACACGGAGUGUAUGCUUCUCCAUGUCAACAAAGACUGCAAGCCCUGUGGUAACAUCAGCACCUCAGUCGUCUGUCCUGGAUGUCAGAUUUUCGUCAUGAAAGUUGUCCCAGCAGAGACGACCCCUUCACCUGGAGUCCAGGAAGACAAUAUGAUGUCAAGGUCAAGAAGCCUUUCAAAAAAAAACAAAAAACUCACCAAUGUGCACUCCAUACAAGGAAUGAAAGGAGGCUUGAAUGCCUUUUAACUUGGGAUUGUAGCAUCUCAUGAAAGAUGACUUUUUAAGUGCCAUACUUUCAAACAGAGAGACAUUUGGACUUUUGCUGGAAGGACUGUCCUAUAAUUCCACAUCUCUUCCAAAUGUAACCAACAAGUAGCAGAAGAUGCUGCAUGCGAGCUCAAGAUGCACGAUGGCUGAUGAUGUUGUGCCAAAUAUUCUAACUUCAAGUCUCCUCUUCAUCAUUGCAGCAAACUUUUAGACCAGGGGUCCAAACUGCGGCCCACCAUCCAUUUUUUAGCGCCCUGCAGCAUAUACAAAAAAAUAACAAUACACAGUAUGCAACGUAUUUAAAAAAAUCUUAGUAUGUUACUAUUUAGGCUGAAGUAUUUCAAAACGUUCCCAUUACCCUUCAAACCUUGAGGUUGUGAAGCCUCUCACACUAAUGUCUAAAAUGACUUACUAUUCUGCUUUUAACCCAAUAUGUAGGCUGCAGAAUUGGUGUACUUACCCGCGCAUCUUUUUCUGGACAUCAGUGUUCAUGCGGAAAAACAACCGAGCAGCAUCUGGAAUGUUAAUUCCCAUGUUGUAAUGAAGUGGAACUGCAUGAUGUUCUACUUCUAGCAAGUGCCACCAGAGCGGCAGCUGUGAAAGUUGACUGAACACAGUUGUCAGCAAAACCAAAUGUGUUGUGACAUGGCAAAAUGCCUUACAAAAGGAUUUUGGGGAUGAAACACUUUGUGACUGAUCGUGUUAUUUUAAACAAAAAAAAUGCAAAUUGUUUGAGCACUUUUUCCCUUCGUAGUUUACGUUCCCAAAUGCCCUGCAAAAGGAGGCCUCUCUCCAGAGGUGGCAAAAGCGUUUAAGUAGAAGUACAGAUAUUUGUGGAAAAGAAGACCCUGGUAAAAGAAAGCACUGAUUCAACUCCUUUACUUAAAUACAGUAUACUGAACACAAAUAUUAACACAACACUUUUGUUUUUGCUCCCAUUUUUCAUUAGUUAGAAUAAAAGAUUUUAGACUUUUUAAUGUACACAAAAGAAAAUAACAAAUCUCUCAGAUAUUGUUUACAAAUCUGUCUGAAUCUGUUUUAGUGAGCACUUCUCCUUUGCCGAGAUUAACCAUUUACUUCACUAUGACAGCAAGCCCCUUUCCACCAGUUAUUUAAAAAAAUGCUUCUUUUAAUGAGUAUGAGUAAAAAAAAUAAAUGUUUUUUUUUUAAUCACAUACAUGGACAGCCCGUUUCCGCCAGUGACUUUUUUUUUUAAUCACUUGCAAAAGUCUGUUUCUGCCAUUGAUUUUUUUUUUCCCGGGGGGAUAUAAAAAUAAUAUAUAUAUUCUAUUAUGGCUGUAUGAUAUUUCAGUUUAUCUUUCAUAUAUAUAUAUAUAUAUAUAUAUAUAUAUAUAUUGGCUGGGCUGGAUCCAGAGUCACGUUCAACUGACUACCCGGUUUGAAACACUAUCAUGUCAAACCCAAAAGGUUAGCAGAGCAGCGUAUAAAGUUCUACCCCUGGGUUGCACCAGACUGGGUAACCCCCCCCCACAAAUUGGCUAUUUUACAGGACAACAUUUUUUUAAUUUAUUAAUUUGUCCAAAAUCACACUACGGUAUAAUUUCGUAGUUGUCCUUGAACUUUGUCUGUCAGAUCACUCAUCUCUACCUUCCCACUUGAGGAAAAGGAAGCUCUUAAAUGCCACGCACAAUAUCGAUGUUUGGUUUGAAAGGGUGUUUCAUUUUGCUCUUCAGUUGGGUCUUGAGCAGCUGAAGGGGGUGUUUUUUGUUCAUAACCUGAGAGUCUUGGGGAACAGAAAAUAAAUAUUCACCUGGAGAAGUGUUUUCUUUUGUGCUUAAUCCUCCUUUAGCAAUCAUUUGCUUUUUAAACCAACAAAAGUUGAACAAUUAAAAACCUUUUUGUCUGAAUUUGCAGCACUUUCCACACACUGGUAUUUUUUUUUUUUUUUUUAAACAUUGGUUCAGACUGAUUGAAAAUAUCCGUCUUGUCGCUUUAAUAAACUUUAAUAGUAACAGA